CUCUCUCUCUCUCUCUCUCUCUUCUUUUCUCUCCUCUUCUUAGACGCCAUGGCUGUGAAUCUGGGAAACUUGGCGCUAUUACUCGACAUGGCUUCGCCGCGGAGCGUGAUUCUGGAGAGGAAGGCUCGUCCUGUUGGCGUGGACGUGGUUUUGAGCUUGCCGGCAAAGAGGGACUCAUCCUCCUCCUCCUCUUCCUCCUCCUGUUGCUAUGGUUCUGAGGGAGGAGAGGCACGGAACCGCGUGGUGGUGGCGCGUGGGAAGUCGAACUCGGAGAAGAACGGUGUUGACUUCGAUGCAGAGUCAAGCGAUGAGGAAGGAGGGUUUGGUGAUGGGGACGAUUGGGAGAAGGAAAUGCGGCGUAGAGUGAGGGAGUUUGAGGAGAGAAGGGAGCUUGAAAAGAAGGCUGAAGAGUUGCAGAGUCGUGAUGGUCCUCAAGGUGAAGAGACUGAGGAAGAGAAAAGGAUGAGAGUGAGGAAAGAGCUCGAGAAGGUGGCUAAGGAGCAGGCAGAGAGGAGGGCCACGGCUCAGUUGAUGUUUGAUUUGGGUCAGAAAGCUUACGGGAAGGGCAUGUAUGGACGUUCUAUUGAGUUUCUUGAAGGUGCACUUACUAUUAUACCUCGACCUACAUUAUUUGGUGGUGAGAUACAAAUAUGGCUGGCUAUGGCAUAUGAGGCCAAUAAUCGCCAUAAAGAUUGCAUUGCUCUAUACCAGCAAUUAGAAAAGACGCACCCAAGUGCUAACAUCCGACGCCAAGCUGCAGAGCUUCGUUACAUUUCAAGCACCAAAACUCAAGAUAUCCCAAGAGGAGAUGGUGACUAUACCCUUGAUUGGUUCUAG